AGGGAAACCGUCUAGCGACACUCAACACAACUUGACAUUCAAUCCCAAUUUGGUCCCCCACGCCCAAGAAUAACGCCUCCUGGCAAUUAACAGUUGACCUUUUGGCACGUUGGCGGCCAACUUCCCCCUGACCACCCAAUCUUGCUCACCUACAUUCGACCUCGAAACCCUCUUUCCUUCCCUCAGAGGGUCUGUCUCAGCCUCUGGACCGGUUUCUCUCCGAUCGGUCCGGUUCGGUCCGGUUCCCUUCUGUUCCUGGCCAGUUUUGACAUCAGUUAUGCCCUCUUUCGCCUCUUUUUCACCCGGCCGAGAAGGCCAGGGAGGGCAGUUUGCGCCAUGAAUGCGGCUAGUGAUAUGAUGACCACUGGGAUAGGGGGAUCGACAUCAUCGGGCCUGACUGCCACGUCCACCUCGGGCCCCGCCGUCAAUAGCAGUUUGUCCACCCACGAAUCCUUUCUAUUGUUGGCCAAUGGGGCCAAAGGCGCGGCCUUGAUCGCUCUGGUCAAACAAGUGCUGGAAUCACCCAACGUGUUCGUGUUCGGUGAACUCUUGGACCAUCCCAAUAUUCAGGCCAUGAAGGACGUGAAGGAGUCGGCCGCCGGCUAUCACGCUCUGCUCGAGAUCUUCGCUUACGCCGAUUACUCGGCCUAUCAGAACCGCCAAGACCAGCUCCCGCCGCUCAGUCCGCCCAUGAGUCAGAAGCUCCGAUUGCUCACCCUGUGUUCUAUGGCCACCACCCACAAGAUCUUGCCCUAUGCCCGUCUUCAGACGGCCUUGGCCCUGGCCUCAGUGCGUGAACUCGAGGAUCUGAUCAUCGAAGGUGCCAGUGCCAAUGUCAUCCAAGGCAAACUUGACCAGCAGUUGCUCCACUUCGAAGUGGACUUCACCAUGGCCCGGGACAUUCAACGGAAUGACAUCCCCGGCGUUCUUUCGACCUUAGAAGCCUGGUGCACCUCGUGCGAUCACAUCCUCACAGAUCUAGAAGAACAGGUUCAACGGGCUAACGAAAUGAAACAAGCCGAUGUGGACCACAAAAAUCACAUCGAAGCCCAGGUGUCCAUGAUCCGCAAGCAAAUCAAGGCUCAGCACCAGCACUCGGGGGAAGGUGCGGAAGACCCCGAUUCUCAAAUGGUGUCGGAUCGCCUCGGUGGUGGCUCGGGCUACGAUCGUCGGGACAAGAAGACGGCCAAAAAUAAAGGACAAAGAACUCAGACGGGUGGUGGCGCCAGCAGCUCCUCGGGAGCGAGUGGGUCCCAGGCCAAGGGGUUCUGGCACAAAUGAUUGGCCAUGCUGAAUGGUAUUAUAGCUUGAAACCCCCACCUGCCCAGAUUGAAAAUAAAUAGAGACGUCCUUGUUAAA